AUGUCCGACCACGCCAUUGCGCCGCGCAUCCUUUGGGAGAAUGCCGACCCGUCGCAGACCAACAUGGACAAAUUCCGUCGCCAAGUGAAUGAGAAAAGAGGGCUGGCGUUGAGAAACUUUGGGGACCUUCACGCCUGGUCGACUGAUUCGUCAACCGCGUCUGAUUUCUGGAUCGAUCUGUUCGAAUAUGAGCAGAUCAAACCUGGGCUUCGGCCUACAACGGCCAUGACAAGGACCGAUGCUUCCAUGUACCCUCCUCCCGAGUUCUUUCCAGACAUCCGGAUGAACUUCGCAGAGCAUUUGAUGAAUACGAAUUCGCUGAACAAAGUCGCACUGUACGCUGUCUCGGAAGGCUGCGGAGUCAUCAAGCCCGUGACCCAGCCUGAACUUCGAGAGAUGGUGAGAGCAACGGCCAGCGCCAUGGCUCAAGCUGGAGUUACCGUCGGCGACCGCGUGGCCGCCAUCAUUUCCAACUGUGUCGAAACGGUCGUGGCCUGUCUCGCCACCUUGAGCUUGGGGGCCAUAUGGUCCACGUCAUCGCCUGACAUGGGGGUCGAAGGCAUCAUGCAACGACUCAACCAGAUCGAACCCAAGCUCGUACUUUUCGAGAGCUCGGUGCGGUAUAAUGGCAAAUUACGCCCGUUGGUCCAGAAGUACGAAGAGUGCACAGCUAGGUUACGGAAGACGAGAAACUUCCAACUCGGCAUCAUGAUCGUUCGAGAAAUUCCCUACUCCACCAAGGUUUCGAGGGAUGUCGUGACUUGGCACAACUUUGUCCAGGGAGCGCCGGACCGAGACCUCACGUUUGUGCAACUGCCAUUCAACCAGCCUGGGUUCAUCGUAUAUUCGUCUGGCACGGCAAGUGCUCCAAAGUGCAUCGUUCACAGUGCUUGCGCCAUGUUGUUGCAAAUCAAGAAAGACUAUAUGCUCCACCUGGACGUGAGGCCGGGAGACAUCAUCUACCAGUAUACGACGACUGGCUGGAUCAUGUGGGCCAUGGUUCUCUGUGGCCUCUCGUAUGGCGGCAGCGUAGUCCUCUAUGACGGGUCUCCGCUCUUCCCGGACCCUCUCGUCACGCUGCGCAUGAUCGAGAAACUCAAAAUAACGCUGUUCGGCACCUCUGCAAGAUUUCUGACCGAUCUUCACGACAGAAAGUUGAAUCCAAGACAAACGAUCAACCUAACGAGUCUCCGAACUGUUUCUUCCACCGGAUCGGUCCUCCCAGCCAAGGUCUGCGAAUGGUUUUAUGAUGCUGGAUUCCCGGAACACAUCCACCUUGUAUCUGGGAGCGGAGGCACAGAUAUGGCAUGCUCGCUGGUGCUAGGUGACCCGACAGGACCUUUGUACUCGGGAGAAAUACAGGCGCCAGCCCUGGGCAUGGCCGUCGAUAUCUUCGACAUGACCAAGGUCUAUGCCGUGUCGAUCAAGGGUACUGGUGAGCCAGGAGAGUUGGUGUGUCGGGAACCGUUCCCCUCUCAACCGGUUCUCUUCUGGGGGGAGAAAGGGAUGGAUAAAUACCGAUCCGCCUAUUUCGACAGGUUUGGUGACAAGGUCUGGACACAGGGUGACUUUGUCUCCUCGUCGCCUGUCACUGGAGGAUAUACAAUGUUAGGCCGAUCGGAUGGCGUGCUCAACCCCUCUGGUGUGCGGUUCGGCUCGGCCGAAAUCUACAACGUGGUGAGCGAGUUUACCGAGUUCGAGGACACCAUCUGCGUAGGCCAGCGCCGGCCACAGGACUCGGACGAGCGAGUCGUCCUCUUCAUCAAGACGAAAGACAAUCGAACUCUCUCCCCUUCCACCAUCCAAGAAGUUCGGUCGGCCAUUGCUGCAGCGCUCAGUCCGCGCCAUGUUCCCCGCUUCAUCUUUCAGACUCCGGAGAUCCCAUACACCAUCAACGGCAAAAAGAUCGAAUUGGCCGUCAAGCAGAUUGUCUCGGGUCAAAAGGUCACUCCAUCGGGGGCGGUGGAAAACCCUAAGAGCUUGAUCUUCUACGAACGCUUUGCGGAAGACGAGUACUUGAAAGAGGAAGGGGGCCACGAGAAGCGGAGCAAGAUCUGA